AUGCUGUCCGCACAAACUGUUAGAGGGCUGUACAUGCCAAAACGGUCAUCUAGUGUCAUCUUCCUGGUUUUCAUGGUCAUCCUGGUCAACUCGUUGUUUCCUAGCCUCAAUCUGACUGAUGACCUUGACCUUAGGAAUGGACUGAUGAUUCUUCCUACUUUCGCUGACUACAUGAACUUCAACACGGCUUCUCAGGCAGCGAGCUCGGCCAUCAUUUGGAUUGGCGGUGCGGUGAUUGCUCCUUUUGGAGGGCUUUUGUUGGACAGGUUUGGCCGCAAGAAUGGUUUGCUAGGAGCUGCUAUGAUAUGUUUCCUUGGAGUCAGUCUGCAAGGGUCGGCCCAGAAUGCCGCAAUGUUCAUGGUAGCCCGAUUCAUUCUCGGUAUGGGAGUCGGUCUCAGCUCCAUCGCCUGCCCAACUUAUGCGUCGGAAGUGGCACCAACCAAAUAUCGAGCAUGGAUGUUGGGAUUCUACUACGACAUCUGGUACUUCGGCGGUCUGGUUGCCGCGGUUAUCACGUACGGUACAGCCCGGAUCCCAAACACUUGGGCUUGGAGACUACCUUCUCUGCUUCAAGCCAUUCCGAGCCUCCUCGCUAUCCUGUUACUCCCAUUGGUUCCCGAAAGCCCUCGGUGGCUUGUCGCUCAAGGCAGAGGGGAUGAAGCUCUUAAUGUCUUGGCCAUGGUGAUGGCCAAUGGCGAUGCAUCAGACCCUGCAACGCUGGCAGCUUACGAUCAGAUCAUGGGGGCAAUUGCCUAUGAGCAACAGAAUCCAGCAGCGCAAAGCUGGUUUGCUGCAUUCAAAACUCCACCCAACAGGAAACGAACUGGCCUCGCCAUGUCCGUUGCCGUAAUCGGAAAUCUAAGCGGAAGCGCGAUUGCAUCGUACUGGUUAGGAACCAUGCUCAGCCAAGCCGGCAUCACUGAUGCACUUAGCCAGCUUCAAAUCAACAUUGUCCUCAAUCUGUGGUGUCUCAUUUGUGCAGGAGCAGGCACUUUCUUUGCCGACAAGAUUGGACGAAAGCCCUUGGCCAUGGGCAGUUUGACAUUCAGUCUCGCGUUUUUGUAUUUGGUAGGAGCUUUUACAAAGUUAUACAGCUCAUCCACCAAUAAAUCUGCAGUCUAUGGAACUGUGGCCUGUAUUUUCCUCUUCCAAGGAGGCUAUAGCUUUGGAUGGACAACGCUUCUGGUCAUGUAUCCGCCAGAGGUCUUGAAUUUCUCUCUACGUGCCAAUGGUAUGGGAAUAUACACUUUUGUUUCCAACUCGGCAGCUGUUUUCGCCACAUUCGUUAUGCCGUUUGCACUCAAUAAUAUUGGCUGGAAGACUUAUAUGAUCAACGCUUCGUGGGAUGUUGUGGAGGUUGCCUUUGUCGCUUACUACUGGGUUGAAACACGCAAGCGAUCGCUCGAGGAAAUCGACGAAAUAUUUGAAGGCCCCAUGCAUGUUCAUAACGCCACUACUAUGGAAGGCUACGAGCUUGAAGGCACAAGGACCAGCGAGGUCGACCAUGGCAAGCAGCAUAAGCUGUAA